AUGACCACCGCUCACCCUUUACCAAUCCAGAGCCAUACAUUCUUCGACUCUCCUCAGCCGUUUGCAAAGCUGGCAUCGGCGGACAUUUACGAUCUUGCGAUUAUUGGGGGUGGGAUAAGCGGGGUUUCCGCGGCCCUUGAAGCAUCUCACACCACUCUUAAGUCAAUUUUGCUAGAGAGGGGUCUCGAGACGAGCGUUGCCACAACCCGUGCAAAUAGUGGCAUCGUGCAUUGUGGAGUGCACACGACCCAGGGAACUCUCAAAGCCCAGUUGGAACAAAAAGGGAGGAGAAUCUUUGCGCAUCUCUGCAAAAGCCUGAACGUAUCAUUGCGCCGCUGCGGAGAACUGGUAAUUGCCAGAAACGAGGCUGAACUCAACGCCUUGCAAGAACUUCAAAAGUCGUGUGCUGCGCUCGACUUGGAGUGCUCUCUCUGGGGACCCGCAAGGGUCAAGCUUGAAGAGCCUAACUUAGCUAUUGAUUCUAUCGAAGGCGCUCUUUCAAUACCCGAGACCAGUGUUGUCAAUCCGUUUGAAUUGUGCAACGCAAUGGCAAACUGUGCGAUGGCAAAUGGUGUAGAGAUAUCGUGUGGAUCGACGGUUACGGGUAUUCGUAAAAUUAAUAGACUAGCGGAAGAAGAUGGUGACGCAUUGGUGGAGUCUGCUCCAAAGGUCAUCUUUGAGCUGAGAAUCUCUCGCCAGGGCUCUUCUCCUGUUUACCUCUACGCGCAAACUGUUAUUAAUGCGACCGGUGUUGAUGCAGGAUCUGUUACAGAGCUCCUGAAAAACGCCACCCCAAUCAACAUCACAAAGCGUCGCGGCGAGCUCUAUGUUUUAGAUAAAAACCUGAAAGACGUUGUCACUAGAGUUAUCUUCUCUGUUAUCCCAAAUAACGCUUCAUCAAAGGGGAUGCUGAUCAUACCCACAGUUGAUGGAACGGUUAUGGUAGGCCCUACGGCUGAACCCUUAGGAAGCACUGGGUCUAAUAUGGCAGACAUCGAGACGACCGAGGAUGGCCGUUCUACCAUCUUCGCACAUGCUCAUGCACUCUGUCCUCGUAUUGUCCCAGAGGAGAUCAUGUAUAGCUUCGCUAGCGCUCGGGCAGUUCUUCCUUCCAAUGACUUUGUAAUCAGAGAUGAAGACGGGUUCAUCCAAUGCGCGGGAAUACAGUCCCCUGGUCUUACCGCUGGUCCUGCCAUAGGUGCAUAUUUGAUCGAGCUGGUCAAGCUGCGCUAUCCUUCCCAUCGGAUGAGCAGCAUCGUGAAGCCACCCGAAGCAUGGUUCUGGUACCCUAUUACUAGCCGUCUCUGCCGCACUGCGUUGGAUAAGCGCCACGGUCUUAUUGAGAAGGAUCUGAACUUUUCAAAGAUUGUUUGCGGAUGCGAGUGCGUUACUGAGGCAGACAUCGAGAACGCCAUCACCGAAGGCGCAAGGUCCAUUACUGGUCUAAAGCUAAGGACCCGCGCAACAGCUGGCCGUUGUCAGGGGAGCUUUUGCUCAAGCAAGCUAAGAAAGCUUUUGGCAGCGAGGCUUGGCGUGUCCUAUGAACAGGUUUGUCGAAUAAGCCACAACACCCCGAUGGACAAGGCAUACCCAUCGAGUACUGUUGAUGUCAAGCUGUAUCGCCCUCUGGACUGCAGCGAGGUCGGCAUCCGUGCUAGCCUGGUGAGCAACCUUCUUUUCGGACCCAAGCACACUAAGGAGUCUGCGCUGAAUGCCUUUUCGCUCAGCACAAAGCUUGUUCAGUGUAUACAUGCCUUUGAUCUCGUCGUUCUUGGUACCGGACCUGCCGGUCUGGGAGCGGCUCUGGCUGCCUAUGACACGAAUCCCGAUGCUAGGAUAUUGGUCAUCACUAAAGACGCUUAUGUGGGAGGGUCCUUGAUGUAUGCUCUUCAUAGAUCGCACAACGCCGGGGAUGGUUCAACUGCGCUUACAGGCCCUGAGUUUGCAGUGCAACUUCGAGAAGAUUUGAUGAAGACUGGCGUUAUAACUAUUUUGAACACGUUUAUUUUAGACAGUAGCUACAACACAUCUCGUAAGCUUUUCACUGUGAAGUGCAUGUCUGCAAACGUCGGACAGCUUGAGAUAUCUGCCAAAGCUGUUAUUUUCUGUCUGGGGAGCCGCGAAAAGCACCGCUUUAAUGCUGCUAUCCCGGGAACACGCCCAUAUGGAGUUAUGACCGCUGAUGCUGCACUGAGGUCUAUUGCCUUUGACAAUGUUCUUCCAGGCAAGCGAGUUGUUAUCUUUGGGUCAGGAGAUUCGGGUCUGCUUGCAGCGCGUCAGAUCUCCAUCUCAGGGGGACAAGUCCUCGGUAUCUAUGAACCAGAGUCUCAUCUUGUAGGGAAUUCUCAGUACUUGGACCUUUUAACAAAGGAGUUUGAUAUUCCGAUCAGCUACAAUAAAUCCAUUUCGCGUAUUAAUGGACAGGGCGUAAUAGAAUCUGUGUGCAUAGCCCCGGUUAAUCCCUUGACAAAGGGGGUGACUGCAGACGAGGCCGAGACCGUUGCUUGUGAUUGCCUCGUGACGUCGCUUGGUACUCUGCCCCAGAUGGCCCUUGUCAAGGGGAUGGGAUGUAAGGGCGUGAGUUCUCAGUAUUGUGGGCUUUUGGUGGACAACCGUUGUGCUGUUGCCAGCGACAAGCUCCUAUAUGCUGCGGGCGGAAACCUUCAUUGCCAUCCGUCCGCCGAGUCUUCCUUUGCAGAAGGAAAGCUGGCAGGGUUUAAUGCUGCGAUAGACGUUGGCGAUACUGCACGCUCCUACAAUCCUCCAUCUGUUAACCUGACACUGAGUGAGACGAACCGGAGUGACAUUAAGUACUUCAUGCCGCAAAGCAUCACCCUUUCAAAGCGCCCCACAGACAAGAGCGGUGAGACUUUCAUUUACUUUAAAACGACGCGAGCCAUGGCAAAUGUCCGCGUCACGGUCUCCACAACUAGCACAGGUAAAGUGCUAGCAACGGAGAAGUUUAGGGAGGUGUCUCCAACGGUAGUUACGAGGAUGGUCGUUUCCAACUCAGCCUUUCAGGACCUUGUGCCGGGCGUGAACAUUACUCUGAAGUUGGAGUUCGAUCCGCAUGAGUUUUCCGUCAAGGUAGUUGAUAAUCGUCUUCUAGGGGUAUUCUCCACAGCAAUUCCUGUUCUGAACGGAGCGAAGCCUCAUGUUAUCGUAAAGAACAAGACGCCCGUCCCUGUCGAUCGCAUGAGUUCGGUUCUGAAAGAGCUUAAUGCAACACCCGCAAUCCAAGUAGAGGCACCCGUCUCAGCAGGACAAACAGUCCUUCGCAAUGUCGCCGGCCAGACGGACUUUGUUGCGUGCGAGAACAUUCCGGCUAUGAAGUGA